AGAAUCAAAUUGCGGCGAAUUGACGACACUGGCUGGCGUUCGGGUUUGUCACACAUCGGGGACGACAUCAGCAGGGCUGGCGAUGGGCACUAGACACGAAGACGAGGGCAACAACAACCGACAACAACACGAGGCUUCAUCCUGAUAAUGGAGGAGGCUAAGACUCGUCCGGCGCUGGCUGGCAAGUGCAAGGCCCAAAAUAAGUUUCUGUUUCAGUUUGUGUGUGACUGCGACAGUGAGCACAUGCGAGACAGGCGCAGCGGGUCACGCGCGCGAAACAGAAUCCCCAGUCGGAUCCAAGUUCAAUUUCGAUAACAAAAACAAGUUGAUAAAACUCGAGUUUAAAAAAUAAAAACGUGAGCAGCAAAAAGUAGCUGCAUCGACCCCAGUGUGGCAAAUCGUACGUGAUUGUUGAGAAUGCAAAAAAGCGUAAUAAAACUAUAAUAGUGCAGAUAUAAAAACACUUGGAGCUAACAAACUGUUACUCGAUAGUGGAAAUUAAGCAAAAACUAGCUGGCCAAGCGAAAGUAUCAGUGCGAGCGAUACAGUGCGAAUAAUCGGGAUAUUCAAGGAGCACACCUGCGACAAAGAGAUCCAAAAAGAGAGAAGGAGAGAGGGAGAGAGAGAGCAGAAAGAGACAACAGACAAAAAGCCUGAAACACACGGCACUGGAUGCCCCCACCAAGCAGAAUGUUGACCCUUUCGACGCUGCUCUGCUGCAUGAUGGGGCUAACAUUGGGCUACCAGCGGCAGUCUGUGAGCAACAACAACAAUCACAACAAUGURGAUGCAAAGCCAACACAUCUGCCACCAUUACACUAUCCGCAUGGCCACAAGUGGAAUGAGCCGUAUUUCGAUUUGACAAUGCCAAGGAAUAUCACAUCGCUGGUGGGCAAGUCCGCAUAUCUGGGCUGCCGGGUCAAGCAUCUGGGCAACAAGACGGUCGCUUGGAUACGUCAUCGGGAUCUGCACAUACUCACCGUGGGCACCUACACCUACACCACGGAUCAGCGUUUUCAGACCUCCUAUCAUCGCGAUAUUGACGAAUGGACAUUGCAAAUCAAAUGGGCCCAGCAGCGCGAUGCUGGCGUCUACGAAUGUCAAAUAUCGACGCAGCCGGUGCGCAGCUAUUCGGUCAACUUGAACAUUGUGGACCUAAUUGACGAGGAGACCAGCAGUGUGAUGCAGCAAUAUUACAACGACGAUGCCUUCUACAUAGCCGCGGAUCGGGUUUAUCAGUCCAGCGAUGACGAGUUUGCGGGCAUGUUUGGCCCCAUUCAGACAGUUGCGGUGCCCACGGCCACGAUUCUCGGCGGACCCGAUCUGUAUGUGGACAAGGGCAGCACCAUAAAUCUAACAUGCAUCAUUAAGUUCAGCCCGGAGCCGCCGACACACAUCUUCUGGUAUCACCAGGACAAGGUGCUCAGCGAGGAGACUGCGGGCGGCCGGUUGAAAUUUAAGACCAUUAAAUCGGAGGAGACCAAAUCAAUUUUGCUUAUCUACGAUGCGGAUUUAUUGCACUCUGGCAAAUACUCCUGCUAUCCAUCAAACACAGAAAUUGCCAGCAUACGCGUCCACGUGCUGCAGGGCGAGCGACCCGAAGCCAUGCAAACGAAUGCGGCGCCGGCUGCCGUCGCUUUGGCCUGGGCCUGCCACACGAAACAGGCAACGCAGGCAGUCAAAGUAAUUAGCACAAUGGUUGCGGCAUUUGUAUUGUUGGAGGCCUGCUGCACACUGCUGCUCCAGGGAGCAGGAGGCGGCGGAGGUGGGCGCGAAGGACAAGAAGACAGAGCAGGACAAGAGCAGCGUCAAGCGGCGCAGGCGAACAGGARCAGCAACAGCAACAGCAACAGCAGCUGCCCUAACCGCGACCAUGUUGGCCAGCGGACGACGUCAACUUCGGGCAACCAUGUCAAUAAGAGCAGAACAACUGCGCGGUGAUAAAUUAAAGCAGCCCGGUUAGAAGCGCCACAGAAACGCCACCGCCAAUGCGCCGCCAGCCAAGCAGCAGUACGUAACUAAGUGGGCUGCCCAUUGGAGGGCAAUCGAGAUGUGAGGCCUGGCUGUCGCUCAAACGAUGCAGAUGAUGCAGUGCAGCAGAGGCUGCGCCGGUGCCACUGGCAGCAGCUGCAAUGCCAAAUACUAAAACAAGAAAGGUAAGCUAAUUACGCUAAUGAUGAGCCGCUGCAUAUGAUUCGUCGACGACCGCCGCCGGCCUGCUGCAGCGACUGCUUCUCGAAUACUCUCUAAGUUGUAAGUAAGUGCGUGUAUAAUUUAGUGGGCUGCGACUAGCUAAAGCUGGGUCAGCUGUGUACAUAGUACUCUUACCUAAAAUCAUAUGCCAGCACUAGAUACAUUAGUAGAAUAUAAAUUAAGAGAGGAGUUGAUUAAACGAAGAAACUUAAAUAAUGUAUAAAUCAUAUAUGCUACUCACUAAUAGAGGAACCCGUUCGGUCAGUAAUAAGUAAAUACUCGAAAGCCAACUAAUUGCCAGUUUUCGUUGUGUACAUUGGAGAUCUGUAAGCAGCUUACGAUCGGCAGUAGCUUAGACAUGUUCCACGAUAAUCACUUGUAUAUACAUAUAUGUAGACCUAUUUCAUAAGCAAUGUAAAUACUUACGAUUACUAUUACUGCCCGUACCUAAUCAGGUGCAGCUACAAGGCUAAAUAUUCAGUUUUGUUCAUCCAGUAUAUUGUUAUAUGUUCCUAUUAGCCUCUUCGUUUGUCAGUACAAAUUUAUUCGGCCUCGCCUCUUCCAUUCUAAACUAUCAGUUAUCUCCCCGUACUUUCAUUGCCCGAGUCUGUGCAGAGUUUGGCAACAUUCUCGAGCCAUAUGUUGGGUUCCUUCGGCAGGAUACGGAGCUCUUAUCUCCUUCCUCGAAAAUGUCAUGCGCCUGUCUUGAGUAUUCCGCAAAGUUUUCUCUGUGUGCGCACAGUCCCGAAAGUCUGCAGUUUGCUUUAUUUGUAGUCACAACUUCAUCGUGUCCGGCCGUAUUUCCCAGCAAGCUGCAAGUCACUUUGCCAAUGGCUGUCAACAAAAUAUUUGCAUUUAUAUUUGCCAAGCAGCCCGUUCAGUCAAGUAGCACCCAAGCAUUCAGUUCAGUUUAGUCCUGGUCUGUUUUGUUCCGCUCAGUGCUGGAUCGAUGGCACAUAGUUGCCCAGGUACUCCUAUUCCCAGGCCAGCCUCGCCGCCUCCUGCCUGGCGGUCCCCUGCGCCACUUAAUGUCUCCCAUUUAAAAAUGCAUGCGACUGUCCGCUUUAAUGGCCGCUCGACUAUUAAAUGCGAUGGCCGGGGGCAUGGCCGGGGGCAUGGCCGGGCAUUAAACUGUAAACUGUUGAAAAUUGUAAAUAAAAUCGCAUAUAUGUACAUGUAUGUAUUCGAAUAAAUUAAAGCUGCUUUAUUUAACUAGAUGUGGUAGUCGUGCGUGUGACCAUUUCCAAAGAAAAACCAAUUGCUGUCAUAAAUAUUAAUAUUAAUAAUUAAAAAUUAUAAAUGUGCGCCAGCGAAGUUUGUCGCGUCAUUUAUGGGAAUGUUUAAUGAGUAUAUGCAAAUGCUGCUAUAAACAUAAGCGCGAAAGCGAAGGCGAGAGCAAAAGCAAAACCCGAAACCGAAUAUAUAAACAAACAAAAACAAAACAUGAGAAUAUGCAGUUAAGAGCAAAGAGUACAUCUGUAUAUGUAUUUCAGCCCUGUAUGUGUAUGUAUAAAAGUAAUAUCGAGUAUUAUAAUCAGACGUAAUAAUAAUAUGAAUAGCGAUAA